GCUUCACAUCAUAUAUUGCAAACUACGUAUCGUAAUACCUCAUUAGAGACAGUGGUUAUCUUUUCUAUCGUUCCCCACCUAGUUUCCUUCCGUUCAUCUUAUUUCCCAAGCUAAUGGGAAGCCACAUCGUCCAUGUCGAUACACUUGCAACCCUUAGCGAUAAAACCGCCAGGAGUCUUUCGUGGUCCUAGCGCCUCUCUACCCAAGAAAACGAAAACAUCAAGUGCUUGUAUAUCCUGCAAAAACUCGAAAGUAAAGUGUAGUGGGCAGCAACCUUGCGCAACCUGCGUCAAGAAAAACCUCGAGUGCGUUGUGGAUCCAGAGAGUGACGGGCGUAGGAGGAUACAAAUCAACCGUAAACUGGAUAGCCUUGAGGGAGACCAUGAACUCUUUGUUCGACUUCUUCGAACUCUGCGCCAUCAGAAUCAAAAUGUGGAGAAGCUGCUCAACUACAUUCGCGAGGGAAAGCCUUCUUUACCGGAAAUCAAACAAUUCAUGGACCGUGAAUUGCCACCACGAGAAGUGAUAGAGACUCCAGAACUGAUCCACAUCGACGAAGAAGUCAGCUGCGGGCCCCAAGGGCCCAUCCCUAGAUCGGCAUAUCGAGCUCUGGACAUUUCUCGGCUUUGUGAUAUACCACCAUUCACCGGCCCAGCUCAUCCAUGGACCACAGUCACCGAUGAUAAUGAUUUUGUGUCUCACUUGAUCUCGCUUUAUUUCACCUGGCCUCAUCUCUUCUUUAACUGGAUUGAUCGAGAUCUCUUCCUGAAAGAUUUCCGUUCAGGAGAUCUGAACUCUACUUUUUGUUCUCCAUUUCUUGUUAACGCAAUGCUUGCGGAAGCCUGUUACUAUUCGGAUUAUCCCGAAUCCUGCGCAGUUCUAGGGGAUAUCGCAACUAAAGGCGAACACUUCUGGAGGGAAGCAAUGAAGCUCCUCGAUGCCGAGGAGGGCCAAAUUAGUCUCACCACUGUUCAGGGUAUCGGGGUGAUGUACUCAUGUGCGUCAGCCAUGGGCAAAGACCGUCUGGGGUGGAUCUACCUUGUCCGAGCAACGAAGGCGGUCCCAGUGCUGCGUUCUAAUCGACACGAGUUAUUAGGCAAUGUCGACCUUCCGGAGCCGGUUAUUACGCGACUGCUCGAUCGCUUAGAGCUUGGGCUUUUUAGUUCAACGGUGCUUAGUUGUCUCUGCCAUCAAAGAAGGCCGCCAAUGGACAAGCCCACUCAUAUACGACUACCUGUCCAUCAAGGCGGUGGAAAAGAGUGGUUUCCAUAUCCUCGUCAGGUAGAUCCCGUUCCAGCAGCACACACAAACUGUGUCAUAAAUCAGAGGGCGGCUUUAGGGGAGAUCGCUUGGGACCUUAGCUAUGGCCUUUUCGGAGACGACGCCAGAUCGCCGCGUGCCGAUAUGAAAGAACUGGCGACUCUAUGCUACGGUCGCCUUCUGCAGUGGAAUAAUGAUCUGCCCGAAUGCAUGCGUUGCACCGAUGACUCUGUUCCCGAAGUACUAAGUGUACAUAUGUGCUAUCAUACCUUAAUCAUGUCGACUUUUUCCUUUUUCAAGACUCCAGUUCCAGACGCUGACCAAACGGCCUUUGAGUUUGUAUCGCGAGCCCAACAGACUUGCAUUUCGUCCGCACGCAUCGUUAGCGAUCUCGUAGAUAUUCACAUGACUCGAUGGGGCACUGAGCGAGAGACAGUUCCUGAUAUUCACUGGAUCUACACAGCACUCUUCAUACUCAUCGAUGACCUGAACGAAGAGAAAAGCCACAACGCUUUCUUGCAUCUAGCGAAAGCGGCUUUGUCCUUUGGUAGGCGAUGGCUGCUCACCAAGGGGAUGUUCCGCCUAGUGCAAAUCGCUACAAAUCAGGCCAAUGGGUUCCUGCCUCCGGAUAUCAUUGGUCUUUUCAAAGAGUUCGAACGGCGCUUAUGGAGACCUGAGGAUCGUCGGCACUUCAGCAGAGCUUACCCCAAUGUAGCCGCCAAGCUUCGGCAGCAAGAUGAUAGAUUGAUUUGA